GUGUAAUGCUGAGUGGGACCCACCCUCUUACCCCACAAAACCUCCAUUGCUAACGUUCAUAACCGCUUUCACUUGCUACACGUACUUAACUCAUCGUCCUCAUCAAUUCAAACCUGAAUCUGAAACUUGAAUCAUAACUCUUCAAUUCAAUCAUACCUGCUUCAUAUUGUUCGCGAUGAAGAAGCUCAGAUCAAAUCUACCUCGCCGGAAACGCACAAACUGCUCUCCAAUUCUCAAAUCACCUAUCGCUCUCAAACUCAAUUCCAGUUCAAUCAUCGAUUCUGCUUCAAACUUAACGCGAGAUGUUGCAUUCUCAACCGAUUCUAUUUCUACAGUAUCAACGAACAACAAAUCGACGAAGAAGAGAAGUUUCGCCGACGGAAAUGGCGAGUUUCGGAGGAUUACGAGAUCUUACAGCAAGCGAAUGGAGAUUAUGGCGGAGAAGAAGAAGGUAGAGUUAGAGUUAUCCGAAGCUUCAUCGUGUGUUGAACUGUUGAAUUCGAGCUCGAAGAACGUAAUUCGAAAAGGAUCUGUAGUUUUCAAAGAGGAAGCGGAGAAUAAUGUUUACGAAAUCGAGAAUUCAGAAGUUACGACGAGAUCUGAGUGUUCAGUUUUUCCGAAAUUGUUGACAGAUGGAAGUGGAAGAGAUAACCUGCAAGUUAAUGAAGAAAACGACGUCGUUUCAGUUUUGAGAGAGAAUACUGUCUGCGAAAUCGAGAAUUCAGAAGUUACGACGAGAUCUGAGUGUUCAGUUUUUCCGAAAUUGUUGACAGAUGGAAGAGAUAACCUGCAAGUUAAUGAAGAAAACGAUGUCGUUUCAGUUUCAUCUCGACGAGUUUCUCCUAAACCUAAAUCCGAAUCGACUUCUCGUUUCAAAUUAUCUGAUGCAACAAUCAACGAAGGUGAAUCAGUUGCUUCUGGUUUCGAAAUCACUUCGUAUGUCAAUAAUUCGGUAACGGAUGGUACAGUCAACGAUGAUGAAGUGGAGAAUUGUGGAGAGUCAAAGCUGAUUUCAUCUGAAUUUGAUCUGAAAUGUUCAGAACAUUUAUCCAGCAGGUAUGAAGAGUGUGAUUACUCAUCAGCUAUGUAUACGGAUGCUAAUACGGAGAGUUGUGAGUUUGAGAUUUCAUCUGACUUUGAUACAUCGACGUGGUAUGAUUCCGGUAGUCAGUUUUCUGAACGAUCGUUCGGUGAUACAACUCCGUCACCGACGUUCCAACUGUUCCUCGUUUAUCGUCAGAAGUUUUGCAAAUCGGAGUUUUCUUCGAAAGUAGUUUCAGAACAGAAAGAUAACCAGCCUUCUAACCGAAUUGUUAAAUUGUUAAGACCGGAAGAUGAAGUACACGAAGAAAGCUACCAGAUGAUGAAGAAAAGGGAGAGGAGGCAAGUGUAUCUACACGAUUAUGCUGCAGAAUACAGUGGAAUGAAGGAAUAUGGCGAUUUGGUUGUCCUACAAAGGUCGAAGAUGGUGCAUUGGAUAAUGAAGCAUUCAGCUUACAAGGAACUCCAGGAGGAAACCAUGUUCCUAGGUGUCAGCUUCUUGGAUCGGUUUCUAACCAAAGGAUACUUCAGAAACAAAAGAGAUCUCGAAAUUGCUGGCAUUGCUUGUCUCACCCUUGCAACAAGGAUCGAAGAAAACCAGCCUUACAACAGCAUUCGGCAGAAGAUAUUUAACGUUGGAAGCAAUGAAUACAGCAGAUCAGAAGUGGUGGCCAUGGAAUGGCUAGUGCAGGAUGUCCUCAACUUCCAGUGCUAUUUACCAACCAUCUAUAACUUUUUAUGGUUCUAUCUCAAAGCUGCACGAGCCGGUCAAGGUGUUGCCAAGGCUGCCAAGCGUCUUGCGGCGCAUGCACUACUGGGCCAUGAACAGUUGUCCUACUGGCCUUCAACUGUAGCAGCCAGUUUAGUGUGCUUAGCAUGUCUAACUGUAAACAAACAAUCAUCUCACCAACAAAUCACAAGGAUUCGGAACGGGUCGAAUGAUAAGGAUCUACCUGACUGCAUAAAGUCGAUGGAGUGCUUGGUUCAGUCAAUACGCCAAUACGGAUCAGAACGCAAGACGGGCAGUCCUUAAAAGAUAUCCCACUUUUAAACUAGCAAAAAGAUGAUAGUUAUAAAAUAAGCGGAACAAGGUUCCAAAACGUACAUUCUGUUCUAUAUUCUAAGUUCAGUAUGACCAGAUUCUUUAUAGCAUCCAAUAAAAUAUUAAAAUGGACCUUCAAUGCAUUGGAAUGUAGUUGUUAUCGUUGGAUGGUU